AAAAAAGUGAUGACGGACAAUUGUUGUAGUCAGAAAGCAUUGCAAAAACAAUCAGGUGAUGAUAGUGAUGAUCAACCCAAAAGAUCUCGAACGACUCAAACGACCCUUCCAGACGUGCAAACGCUUUCUUCCCUAACCUUGGAACCAUAU